AUGACGACCGCAACGCCCGCACCGAGCAUGCCCUCCCCCCCUCCCACGACCACCAGCACCACCGCCGGCCACAAGCCCAUCCCCGCCUCCUCAACACUGCCGACGCCGCCGGCGGCCUGGGACGUCCGGAGCUGGCAGGACCCCGCCACCGCCAUGCUCCUCCCGCAGGUCUCCACGCAGCGGAUGCUGAUCCCAGUCGAGGUCUACGUCGACUUCAUCUGCCCGUGGUGCUACAUCUCCAUGCGCAGCCUCGAGGCCGCCAUGGACGCCUUCGUCGCGCGCCACCCCGAGGUCGAGUUCGAGGUGCACUGGCGGCCCUUUUACGUCGCGCCCAUGCUGCGCCGCAGCCGCCCGACCCUCGACUUCUACGCCGGCGCCGUCCCCGAGGAGGACAAGCUGCGCGCGCUGCUCGAGCGCAUCCGCGUCGCCGGCGUCGCCCACGGCCUGGCCUUUGACUACGCGGGGCGCGUCGGGCCGACGCGUGAUGCGCACAAGCUGGCCGCGCUGGCGGCGAGGAGGGGAGGGCGCAGGGCGCAGGCACUGAUGGUGGAGAGGCUGAUGCGCGCGGGCCUGGUGGAGGCCCGCGAUAUAUCGGACGCGGAGGUGCUGGCGCAGGUGGCGGCGAGCGAGGGGCUGGGGCUGGACCGGGCGGAUGUAUUUCUGGAGUUGGCGGACGAGGACGCUUCGAGGCGCGUGGACCGCGAGGUCGAGAACGCGCGAGAGGUCCGCGGCAUAGAGGCCGUACCGUGCGUCACGGUGCUCAGCCGGUUCAAGGUCGGCGGCUUCCAGGACUCGCAGGUGUUCACGGACCUGUUUACCAAGAUUUACGACGAGAAGAUUGCGCAGUAG